UUUGUUAAUUGCUUGUUCUCAUCCUCAUCACCAAACCCAUUUUCUCACUAAAAAGACUAGUAUUUAACCGAAGGGCAAAUGAAUCUUAAGAAAACAGAAUUAGAAUCAGCUAAGAAAUUGACCAGCAAAGGUCACUUUAAUUUUCGUUUCAAAACAAUCAACACUUUUACUAUUAAAUUUCUUUUUCUAAUAUUGACUUGGAGUGUUUUGUUCAAUUCAGCUGAUCCAAUUCUCCGAUUUCGACGACAAUCAUUUGAUCCAGUGGCCGUUUCAUCCUCUUCUUCUGAUAGCAAUGGGUCAGGUUCGAGCUUUGGACCAUUCGGUAUUCCAUGGUUCGGACCAAUGCCCUUCCAUUUACCAUUGAUGAACAUUCCAGCUCCUCCGAAUCACGAUCAAUUAAGACAAAAAGUUAACGAUUAUAUCUCAGAUGCGACCAAACAGAUUCAAUAUCAACCCUUGGCCGAUCAUAUUAGUCAACAAUCAGCUAAUUGUACCACGAGCAAGAAUGAAACUGUCGAUGUAAAUGGAAUGAAAAUCAACAAAAUAACUAAAACUUGUACUUCCAAUGGAUCAAACUCAAUUAUUACCUCAGUUUCUUCAUCCUCUGUACCUGUUUGAACGAUAAAAGGCUGACCACGGAAUCGGAAUCCAUCAUUUUAAUGACUUAAUUAACUUAAUUUUUCCAAAAUUCUAAACUAAUUAACUUAAUCAAAAUAAAGAAAAAUUUUGGCAAAGAAAAAAAUGAAUUAAAACUCCAACAGGUGGCGCUAGUAACUUCGUAUUCUAGUUAAAUCAAAGUCUUUGGAGACUUGCUGUAAAAAGCAUAAUAAUAAAAAGACAAUUAAAAUUAA